AUGACCAAGAACAAAAUUAUAGUCACCUGAUACUAAACAGUGCCACCCAGACACCUACACAUGACAAGCCACGGAUGAACAACAUCCUUACUUCUGCCACCGAACCCUAUGAUCUGUCCUUCUCCCGGUCCUUCCAGAACCUCUCUCACCUCCCACCAUCCUAUGAGUCUGCAGUCAAGACAAACCCAACUGACAAAGAGGCAGAUGAAUAUUACAUGAGGAGGAGACACCUGCCCGACCUGGCGGCCCGGGGCACCCUCCCUAUCAACGUCAUCAAGAUGUCACAGCAGAGUAACCACAGGGACAGGCCCCGGCGGCCCAUCCGGGCCAUGUCCCAGGACAGGGUGCUGUCCCCUGAGAGGAUCAUGCCUGAGGAGUUUAGCAUGUCCUAUGAACGGAUCCUCUCAGACGAGCAGCUUCUGUCCGCUGAGCGCCUCCAUUCCCAAGACCCGCUGCUCUCCCCAGAGCGCUCGGGGUACCCAGAGCACUCGAUGUCGCGGGCACUGUCACACACAGACGUCUUUGUGUCAACACCCGUCUUGGAUCGCUACAGGAUGACAAAAAUGCACUCCCAUCCUAGUGCCUCAAAUAACUUGUACAAUACCUUAGGUAUGAACCCAACUUCUGCCAAGCGCCAAGCGUUCGCCUCCCGGCGGCAUAACACCGUGGAACAACUGCAUUAUAUUCCAGGACACCACCACCACUACCGCACGGCGAGCAAAACAGAGGUGACUGUUUGAUAUGACCCUGUGCGUUGUAGAUUUUCAUUAAGGACUGGGGUGGUCACAGCACCCUCUACUGCAGUGGCCUUAUAGGCCAAGAUAACCUCUAGUAACUCAGUGUCUGAAAAGACUUCUCAAACAGUCCCAUUCGCAUCAUUUUUAAAGCCACCCCCUACAUUGGUGACAUAAGAAGAACCUAAGCAAACAAACAAGAUGAUAGUGAGGGAUAAUGGAGGAUAUUUCCUAACAUGCAUCAGUUUCUGUCAAAGAAAGCCAUAGUAGUAGAUGGCUCCUUCCAAGGGCUCACCUGCACUAUCUCAUUGUUUUUAUGAAUUUGGGACUCUUCGAUUGCUACAAGCAGAACCACUCUCAUGCAGCCCAUGGCAGGGAGGAGGAACUGCAGCACCCCAUCCUGGUUGGAAGGGCCCUCUUGCCAUCUCUCAUGCCAGCCCAUAUGUUUGACCUUUCUGUAGCAAGUAGGUAA